AUGUCUUUUUCGCAAGUCCCAGAUGAAAUAAUACAGCAUCUGCUCUAUUACAUUUCACCCGAAGAUACCCUCGCCAGCUUCCAGCUCAUCUCGCAUCGUCUGAGGCGGCUGGCCAAUGAACCUCUUCUAUGGAGAUAUCAUUGCCAGAGCAACUUCAAAUUCUGGCACCCAGAGCAUCGCUUCCAUCAGCGGCUGAGGGAUAGGGCGCCCGCGACCCCGUGGAAGAAGCUGUUCAUCAUUCGCAAGUGUCGAAAUGCUCAGAUUAACCGUCUCUUGGAUGAGAUCCUUGCCACCAAAGUUGGCCGGCUAAGGAGAUUCGAGAAAGUCUGCAGACUUGGCUAUGACGCCAAAGACUUUCUGCUGGAGCAGUGCGACGCCGAUGAUUCCAUUGAUGAUCAUCUGGCGCGACGAUACUACAGCGGAGCACUCUUGGAUAGCAUCCAUAGAAGCCUCGCUGUUGAGGAAUGGCACAAAAUACAAAUGGCAAGUGCUGAUCCUGGUGCCCAUCCUUCGGGCUUCGAUCUCGAACGAGUACUAGGCGCCUUUGAUUUAUUUGUGCUGCAUGACCAACCAGGCGAUAUUGACGAUAUUGGUCGCAUCCUUGAUUCCAAGGCUGCCGAAUUCCGCAACAGUAGGCCAGAUAUCGAUGUCUUGACAACGCGGCAAAAAGCGUUAGCACUGAACCGCUGGCUUCGUAUCAACAACCUCACAGGUUUGCAGCACCCCGAGCGUUACCGAAACCUGAGGAACUGUCUUAUCGGCCAGGCACUGCGCCAUGAGGAUCAUGACUCCAUCCCCAUCAUCUCCAGCGCCAUCUUCUGUUGUAUUGCUCGGAGGCUGGGUCUGCAUGCUGAAUGCUGCGCGUUCCCAACUCACGUUCACGCUAUAGUCUUUGCGGAGCAGGGCAAAACUCUGGAAGGCGCCCCUGUUUCUCAGCCCAAUGUGCCCCUGGAAAGGAUGUACCUUGACCCUUAUGGCUCGAGCGAGGAGGUGCCAAUGGCCGACCUGCAGGCCAUGCUUGCUCGGCUGGGAUGGCAGACGAGCACCGAUGUCUUCCUGGCUCCCGUGAGUCCUAUUGCCAUUGCGACGCGGACGGCGCGAAAUAUCAGAGCUACGGCUGCCCGGGUGAUGGAGGCCCGAGACCAGGCCGAUCCCGGGCUCACACAGCUCAUUACGGGCAACGACAGCACCAACAUUGACGCCGCUCUCUACUCGGCGCUGUGGGCGUCCCUGCUUCUUACGCCGGCCGACGCCUUUGAGUGGGAUGAAGCUUUGGAGCCCUUCCUGAACCGGUUCGCCAAGAGUUGGUGCGAAGACGCCUGGCUGGUUGAGAAGUACAUCUUCCCCCGAUACGAUCGAUUUGGACCCUUCCGCGAGAGAUUUAUGAGGAACAAUCCCCGCAGAUGGGACAACCCGCGUGAGGUGCUUGGUCUCAUCGACGAGCUGGACGAGCUUGCGCCCCCGGUCCUGCGCAGGAAUGGAGGGAGGAAGCAGCCGGUGCUCUACAAGAUCGGGCAAGUCUUCAAACACCGGCGGUACGGCUGGAUCGGUGCUGUCAACGGUUGGACCGACCAGGGUACGCGAAGACUGCCCAUGCCACACACCGUGGCCAUUGACGAGACGCUCGACGAUAACAGCGAUACAGAACUACCGAACCUGGUGCGUCCUCGCAACCGGACGUUUUACACGUGCGUCCGCACAUCAGGACCCGAGAGGCACGUUGUCGCUGAAGACAACAUCGUCCUCAUCCAAGACCCCAGCGAGGUCCCCAAGAGCCUCUUCCCGCAAGCUGGCAAGUUCUUCAAGAGAUUUGACGCCGAGACGUGCAGCUUCGUGUCCAACAUCACGGAGCAGUACCCCGACGACUGA